AACGUUCAGGGUUUCAGAUAAAUGAUGAUGGUGCACACACACAACAUUUAAAGUGACAUUACAGGGAAGUAUUUUAUGUGUAGGCGACAGUGUGGAGCUCUUGAAGCUUUGAGUCCUAUAUUUUCCAACGUAAAAGUAAUAUCUGACCCAUUUGUCCGUGUUGUUCACUUGUAUUUAUAUUUUUUUCCAUUCGACUCGUGUUCACAUGUAUUCGUUGAAAUCUAAGUAAAGGUAUAAAUUCGUGCUUGUAGCCACCAGUAAACAUUGUAAUUGUAAAUUAUGUCUGCAAACUCAAGAUAAUGGACAUUUAGCGGCUCCAGCUCUUAAUUACUUUGCUCUCAGCACAAAAUCCAAUUUGCAGCCAAUUUUAAAACAGAGCUGCUCCGGCGGUCACAGCGUCAGUCCUCUGCCCUCCACAUCCCACCGACUCCAGAGUCUCCUUGUAGCUCCAGGCUCCUGCUCCCUGUUUGUUUCAGUCACAACAGUUGAUUGUUCUCCAUGACGCCAGCAUCUUCGCUGUAAAGGCCGACACACUGUAGUUUUAGUGAGUGUUUGCUCUUCUCAGCAAACACACACACAUUAAUCACAGUUUAUUCUGCAGCCGUGACUUACCACAGAGUAUUACGGCCACAUUGAGGGGCAGGGUUGUGAUUUUAUUUCUUGAAAUUUUACAUUUUUAAUUCUCAUAUUAUUAGAAUCUGUCGAGUCAGUACUGGGCCAGAAGAAAACAAGCAUGUUGCCCCAGUAUGGGCAAGAUUUAUUUUGUUAUAAUAAUAAAUUAUAUAAUUUCUGGUCCAGUGUUUUCUAGUAAUUUGAGAGAAAUGUGUCAACAAUAUGUUCUCUGAAGUCUCUGGUCCUGCUCUGUGAUAUUCUGUUACUUAAGCCCACUCAGCCUGAGCGGUUCUGAUAACCAUCUGUGACAUGUGAGUUGUAUUCCCGCCCUGAUUUGAGCCAAUGGCGGCGCAGCGUGAGUCACGGGGUCCGGACCUUUAAACGGCAGCUCUUCUUCCCCUCCAGUCUAUCCGGGCUCUCGGCUCGUUACUCCCCGUCCUCCUCCUCCUCUUCUCGGGCAGCGACCAUGGCCGGAUCCGGAUCAGCUGCGGAGCGGAUCGGAUACAUCACCCGCGUCCAGAGCUUCAGCGCCUGUCACCGGCUCCACAGCGUUCACCUGAGUGACGAGGAGAACAAACGCGUCUAUGGAAAAUGCAACAAUCCCAACGGACACGGACACAACUACAAAGUGGAGGUGACAGUUCGUGGGAAGAUCGAUCGUCUCACUGGGAUGGUCAUGAACCUGACGGACUUGAAGAGAUGCAUCGAGGACGUCAUCAUGACUCCACUGGACCAUAAGAACCUGGAUAAGGACGUCCCUUACUUUGCCAGCGUUGUCAGCACAACUGAGAACGUGGCUGUUUACAUUUGGGACAACAUGGCGAAGGUCCUCCCGCCCGGCCUGCUCUACGAGAUUAAGAUCUAUGAGACGGACAAGAACGUGGUCGUAUAUCGAGGAGAGUAGACGUCUCAGCGUCCACGUGAAGACACGUCUUCUUCCUGGGUUGUGUUCAAGUGCCACUAAGUGUAAUGUAGACUCCGGUUAGUUAGACUCAUGCAGGUGUUUGAAGGUGAUAGAUGAUAUUGAUUCUCUUGCACUUUAUAGACACAAGUUUUUGUAGGAAAUCCAGAUUUUCUGUAUUUUUCUUUAUUCUUGUUACGGUGGAAAAUUUGUUUAGACUUGAUGAUUCACAACCUUUUCGGCUGGUGAGCCUUUAAAACAGUGACAUCUCGUCACCUCAUGUGAACACUGCGAGCAUUUGUCUGCAGGUUAAAACCAAAGAGCUGUUUGUUCUGCUUUGUUUUAUGAAUCUUUUUGAAAAACCCAAAGAAAUUAUUCUUAUUCUUUUUUUUACCCAAAAACUUUUUUGGGGUAAAAAUAAAAAAAAUUAAAUAGACAAAAAAUGUAUAAAUUAAUUAAUCAAUUAAUUAAUUAAGUAAAAAGGACAAAAAAUUCUAAAAAAAAAUGUUUUUGUAGCAGAAAUAUGUUUUUCUGCCUCCCUCCUGUUUCAUAGGAUGUUUACACUAUUAAUAAUUAAUACAUUCAUGUGCAGAAUAAAAUAUUACAUCACAUAAUUUCACAUAUUUCAUAUAAUCAUAUUAUCCCAUGUUCCCCUGGACAGUUAGAGUUUUUCCCAGUAAUUUAUUUCAGCUCAUUAAUUUUAAAUAUUAUUUAUUAUUUAAAAUUAUUUGACAUAUAUCAUCUCAUCAGGUUCAUUGUGUUUGAAUACAUGUUUACACUGUCGCUCAUCCGUCACACUGU